AUGUUCUUAAGUGAUGAAUCACUCACAGACACAGAACUAGCAAGUCAGUCGUUUGUCAACACGUUGGCUCUAGAACACUUGUACACGGGCGAUGUGAUGCACAGCAUACAGCCAUUAGAAACACUGCUCCAUCGUCAUCCGAUCACUUUCUCUACGUCACGCGCAUUGGGUGCCAACCUCCUUGCCCUUCAAGCUAUUGGGACAAAAGAUGUUCAAGAAGAGAAGCAGAAUGUUGUUAGGCAGCUGGUGCAAUGGGCGGCCGAGGAUCCUACCUGUGUUGACCCCGGCAUGUCGAUCUAUUUUGUAUCGUUUGUGAGUUCGGUUUUGUUGUUUGUGGCUGUACUUUUAUCCUACUGGCAACGUGAACGUUUAUGGUCCCUUUUAUCGCAAUCGACGCAGACGCGCAUUCUUACCUGGCUGGAGUAUCUGCAUCUGCGUGGAGGCGGCGUAUACAGCCGGCUGACCGUAUUUGACUGGCACGCAGCACGAAAUGCAGGCCUUUCUAGCGAUAUGUUUGAUAUCGAAGCAAAUAUUCUCGAAGGUGAUUCACGCGUAGGACUAGACGAAGCGGGGAUGCAAGAAGUGCAUCAAAUGAUGCAACAGUUUGGCAUCUCCUUUGACGAAGCGAGGCUUCGCAGGCAUCGAGCUAUGCUACAGAAGUAUAACAUCGAUCCACAAACGGGCAUGCCAUUAGAUGCCAAGGCUAUCACACGUUUGUAA